GCGGUGCCUUGUGGGAUUGCUGCCUUCCUUUCACUCUUUCCUCCUGAGCGGCGAGGGGCUCCGGCCAUGUCCGGCUUCCGCGCGCUGGGACUGUCGCCCUGGCUGGUGUCGCAGGCAGAGCAGCUGGGCCUGUCGAGGCCCGCGCCGGUGCAGGAGGCCUGCAUCCCGCCCGCCCUCCAAGGUAAGCGCGGCUCCCUCGCGCCUCAGGAAACACGCAGGCCCCGCCCCCUGUCAUGGUGAGCUAGGCCCCGCCCACGCCUCGGUCACCCCGUGGCUAUUUAAGCCACGCCCACUGUACCCGCACUUCUGGAAGCCACGCCUCUUCCAUGAGGCCCACUCUCCUGUUCUUCUGGCCCCGCCCCUCCGCAGACACCCCGCCCCUUCACGCAGGUCCCGCCCACCCUAUUGCUGUUUAAGCCCCUCCCACUCUGCCCCCUUCUGGAAGCCACGCCUCUUCCAUGAGGCCCACUCUCCUGUUCUUCUGGCCACGCCCCUCCACAGACACCCCGCCCCUUCACACAGGCCACGCCCAUUGAUGGCAAGGCCUGUUGAUCCCCCCCUCUCCCCAUUGCUCCAAAGCAGCUGCCUCAGCCUUUCCUAGGAACGGCUGCCCUGGCUGGGGAAAGAGUGCCUCUGAGCACGUGCAGAGCGCCUCCCCGCUUGCUGCCCUUCCCCUCUGCUUUCCUCCCGCAGGCCGUGACUGCAUGGGGUGUGCCCAGACUGGCAGCGGCAAGACGGCCGCCUUUGUGCUGCCCAUCCUGCAGAAGCUCUCCGAAGAUCCGUAUGGCAUCUUCUGCCUGGUGCUGACGCCCACGAGGUAAGAGCCAGCCUGCUGCUUUUUCUUGCUGGAGAAAAGUCCUUGGUCCUCAUCGAGGGCGGCCCCUGCGUUGAACCAACGCUCAGAUAUCAUUGUUGUUAAUCGAAUUACUAUUAUUAUUAUUAUUUAUUAAGUUCAUAUAGGGACGCGGGGGGCGCUGUGGUCUAAACCACUGAGCCUCUUGGGCUUGCUGAUUAGAAGGCCGGCGGUUCGAAUCCCCACGACAGGGUGAGCUCCCAGUGCUUGGUCCCUGCUCCUGCCCACCUAGCAGUUCGAAAGCACGUCAAAGUGCAAGUAGAAAAAUAGGUACCACUCUGGCAGGAAGGUGAAUGGUAUUUCCGUGCGCUGCUCUGGUUUCGCCAGAAGCGGCUUAGUCAUGCUGACCACAUGACCUGGAAUAACUCUGCGGACAAAUGUCAGCUCCCUCGGCCAGUAAAGCAAGAUGAGCGCCACAACCCCAGAGUCGUUCACGACUGGACUUAACUGUCAGGGGUCCUUUACCUUUAUCUUUAAGUUCAGAUAGCGCUUUUUUGUCUCAGAGCAGUUCACGACAAUAUAAAAAACAAGAAAUACAUCAUUAUCAUCAUCAUCGUACCCCACUCUUUCUGCCCAAGGAGUGACACGGUGCGAAACAGUGGCGUGUUUUUUUAAUCUCCUGUCAUUCCUUCUCCGGCAGGGAACUGGCCCACCAGAUCGCCGAGCAGUUCCGGGUCUUGGGGAAGCCGCUGGGCCUAAAGGACUGCAUCAUCGUUGGUGGGAUGGGUACGUAAGUCCUGUUCAGAAAACGGAGGGGAUCUUCCUCCGCCCUUCUCCCAAACAAAAUUAAGGGCAUCUUGCUUGAAGGGCCACCGAGCAGCUGAAGAUAAUAUAUUGGCAAAUCUGCACACAGCAGGGUGUGGGGGGUGUCACUCUGCGCCCUUUGAGAGGGCUAAGGUAUCCCCUUCUUUCCCCACUUUGCAGAUAUGGUGGCUCAAGCCCUAGAGCUGUCCCGCAAGCCCCACGUCGUCAUCGCCACCCCGGGCCGGCUGGCCGACCAUCUGCGAAGUUCCAACACCUUCAGCCUUCAAAAGAUCAAGUUCUUGGUAAGUCCCAGAGAGUUCACCCUAAUUUCCAAGGAGGCCCCUAGUUCGGCAGCCAGGCCUGCGUCCGGCCACUUUCAAGCCUCCGCAGGGCUGUGCGAUGCCUCUCUCCCCACAGCGGCUUAGAAAGCUUUUGGCUUUUUGCAUUUCUGUUUCUCAGCAAGAAAAAGUGCAAAUGCAGCAAAGAAAAGAAACAAAGGACAUGUCAUGUAUAAUUUAGUUGCGAUUCCUGCAUUGCCGGGGGUGGGACUAGCUGGCCCUCAGGGUCCCUUCCAACGCUGCAAUUCUAUGAUUAUGUGAAUAAAAAAUAUGAACCGUAAGCCUUCACAGCCUGAAAGGGCAAAAGGACAAAAACGCAGCACAGCUUCAAAGGGAUAGGCAACUAUUAACAAAGAUUCCCUUUGCAAAUAAUAAAGAUUCAUAAAAAUAAAAGUAUUAUCUGCCUCCCAAGUUCCAUUAUUAUUGUGAAUAACAGUUCUAUAGAGUCUUAAGCGAGCCAGACAUUCACAUAUACUGAUGGUUUUGCAGGCACCCAUGUUCAAUGCCCACUUUAUGCAGAACCAAGGAAUCGAUUUAUAAAACCUUUGUGCAGGAAAGCAGCUUAACCAUGGCGGAGAGGGUGACUUUACAACUUACAAAGUUGCUUUCUAUGCUCUGACAGCCAGGAAGAUUAGGGCAAAUAAAUUAGUUAAACGAACCAUUAAUUGUAAAGGGGAUGCUGAGAUCUAACUUACACAAUCUGCAUGCAACUCCCCUUUAUUUUAUCUUGUAUAUGGAUAAUGUCAUGGCAUUCAGCUAGCACAGUAAAAGUUUGAUUGAUAUACUGAUGCACUGAGAGCUUCCUCUACUGGUCUGAACACUUCAUUCAAUAUACGGCCUCGGCCCAGUAUACCUGAAGGAGCUUCUCCACCCCUAUCGUUCAGCCCAGACACUGAGGUCCAGCUCUGAGGGCCUUCUGGUGGUUCCCUCACUGCAAGAAGUGAAGUCACAGGAAACCAGGCAGAGAGCCUUCUCAGUAGUAGCGCCUGCCCUGUGGAAUCUCCUCCCAUCAGAUGUCAAAGAAAUAAACAAUUAUCAGACUUUUAGAAGACAGCUGAAGGUAGCCCUGUAUUGGGAAGUUUUUAAAUGUUUAAUGUUGUCUAUGUAUGUGCUGGAAGAGUGGCUGGGGAAACCCAGCCAGAUGAGUGGGGUAUAAAUAAAUAGUAGUAGUAGUAGUAGUAGUAGUAGUAGUAUCUCCCCCUCUGCCUUCCAUCAGGCAUGAACAUUGGCUGGGGCUGCUGGGAGUCCCUUGCCCUGAGAAGGAGUAGAAUGGGCUGCCUGGAGGUCUGACAUUCCCAUGUGGUUUUAUGCUGUAUGUAAAGCAGAGACAGCGGUUAGAACAAAGAGGAAAAUUUAAAGGUGGAAAACUAUAGAACAGGCAUGUACAGUUGCACAUGGGUUAGAAUAGCAAGGUCCAAGUAAAGAAUAUCAGCCUUACCCGAUUAUCAAGUGUCGUUCCAGGUUUGUCUUGAAAAAAAUGGUUCUGCUGUGUAUGUCGUAAAAGACUGCCAGAUCAUAAAGAAAGUGUCUGGUGCUUCCUGCCCUUGCCCAGAUUUCACAUUAGGUGUCAUUUUCUCCAUUAUGGCUAAGGGGCAGUACAAAGGGUGGCAAGCACCCAGUGUCAGAUUUGGGGUUGUUUUUCAUUGAAUUGCAAUUACUAUUCAGGCUGUCAAUAUCAUACAUAACACCAAUUCUUUUAACAACACAUUGGUAUAAUCAAAAGCAUUCAGUGGCGUUUAUUUUGGAAAACAAACAAUAUUUUCUUUAGUAAUGUUCAUCCUUUCUGUCAAAAGCAAAUGCCAAAAACCUUGCAGCAACUUAAAAUUCCCACAUGCUUUCCAAUCCCUGUCUUUCCCUGGGAGGAUUUCCCUUUCUGCUCCGUCCUCUUCCAUCUCUGGCAGUUCACUGGUGACACACCUGUCCCUGCCCCCUCCAUUUUGGCUCAGGUCCUGGAUGAAGCUGACCGGCUGCUGGAGCAGGGCUGCACCGACUUCACCAAAGACCUGGAAGUCAUCUUGGCCGCAGUCCCAGCCAGCAGGCAGACGAUGCUCUUCAGUGCCACUCUGACUGACACCCUGAACGAGCUCAAGCAGAUUGCCAUGAACAAGCCCUUCUUCUGGGAAUCCAAAUCUGAGUGAGUUUGACCUCCAGGCUCUGAGUGGUAGAUAGUGUACACCAAGGUUCCCCAAACUUGGCCCUCCAGCUGUUUUUGGACUACAACUCCCAUCAUCCCUAGCCAGCAGGACCAAGGGUCAGGGAUGAUGGGAACUGUAGUCCUAAAACAACUGGAGACCCAAGUUUGGGAAACCCUGGCUUAAGAGAUACCUGAAUGGAUAGAUGAGAGGCAGCCAAAUGUCCUAAACAUGCAUUAUAUUGUCAUUGUCAUUGUCAUUGUUGUUAUAUAUUGUUUUAUUAUAUGGAUGAUGAUGAUGAUGAUUCGGAGGCCUCGCAACAACCCUCAUGUAGCCGGUCUCAGUCCCAACCUGCCAUCUUCUUGCCCUGUUGCAAAUGGAGGGGAAGAGACUGUAUCUCACACUUUGUAUGCUGGGAGGUCCCAUGUUUAGUCCCCUCCUUUUGGAGAGUCAGGGAAACCACUACUGGAGACUCAGGGCCACUAAGAGACAGCCUUGUGCUGGGGAGGCACAGAGCCAGGUCUGGUGCAAGGAAGUUCUUAAACUCUCUGUCCCCCCUAACUGGGCCUCCUCUUCCCCAUCCUCCCAGAGUCCGGACAGUGGAGCAGCUGGACCAACGUUACCUGCUGGUGCCUGAGAAGGUGAAGGACGCCUACCUGGUCCACCUGGUCCAGACAUUCCAGGACGAGCAUGAAGACUGGUCCAUCAUCAUCUUCACCAACACGUGCAAGUGAGUCUGGGGUUGGCCUCCCUCUGUUUCUCGGCCACUCUUCCCUGCUGGCUCAAAAGCUCACCUUCCGUUCUUAAUUCCCAAGAGGGGAGAGUUCCCCAGGCUCACAGCUGGCUUGGAGGCAAUCCUGAACUUCUGCUCCAGGGAGGGGCAGGUGCCAGGUUCAGCCCAGACUCCUCACUCCUGUCCCCGGAGGAUUAACUGAGGCUGUCAUUGGCUCCUAGCUAUGAUGGCAAUGCUCUACUCUUCCCUGUCUGGAGGGAAUAAACACCUCUGGGUAACACCAUUUGCUGAGGAAUCACAAGCAGAGAGAGUUGCUUUGCUCUGAUCUUGCUUGUGGGCUUCCUGCUUGGGGCAUGUGGUUGACCACAGUGAGGACAGGAUGCUGGACUAGAUGGUAGGGAAAUUCUUAUGCCCUCAGGGCUUUUAUGGUAGCUGUCUAGAACCCCAUGGAGUUCUGUCUUUGAAUUCCCAUUUCUGGGGAAGAGCAGGAGAGGGCCCUGGUACCCUGCUGGUGGGCUUCCCUUAGGGGCUUCUGGUUGGCCCCAAGAUGGACUAGAUGGAGGACCUCCUUGGGCCUCUUUGGAUGUUCCCCUUGCAGGAGGAAGCCUUUGAGGUGGCCGAAGGGCAGUUUGCUUGUGCUUAGAAGCACUCUUCCCUGCCAGCUGGCUUGUGGAAGCUUUUGACCUGUAGAAGAGAAACAGCUUUGCAGAUACAAGAAUAUGCUUGGGCAGGAGAGAAAAAGGGUAAGACAGAGUAAGACAGAAACCUUUUUGGGUCUUUCCAAUAUAUUGCAUUCCCCUCUAGGCAAGUCAGGGUGAUAUUUGCAAGGUUGGGAAGUCAGUCCUCUGAACAGCCCUGCCAGGUAAAGUACAGCUAGCUAGAGAUGAUGGGUGUUGUAGUCCAAAAACAGCUGGAGACCCAAGUUUGGAAAACACUGACCUCGGUCCUGCAAUAGUAAUUUGUGGCCACAGAGAACGGAAGCAACAACCAUAACGGAACACCCUUGGCCCCCUGGAUGUGGCAGAGGGUUUCCAAGAGUUCCCCUGAAGUGCCAAGGUUGACCCUCUUCCCCUCCAGAGAGCAGGGGCCGGGGCAGGCCAGAGGAAGGACUUAGAUCUCUUGUUCUUGCAGGAACUGCCAAAUCCUGAAUAUGAUGCUCAGGAGGUUCAACUUCCCUUCGGUGGCUCUGCACUCCAUGAUGAAGCAGGUGAGCCAGAGGCUGGCAGAGGCCUUGCACUAACAGCUGAAGGGGCAACACACGGGGGGGGGGGGCAAGCAGAGCCACAUGCUGAUGUUUCUUAAAGCAAGACACAGUUGCCGUGUGGAUUCUUUGGUGUGAGAGAAUCCGUGGUCCCUCUUUGUUUUGCCAGGAGCCACCACACACCCACAGAGGGAGUUCUUGCUGGGGUUAGUUCUUCCUUCCUCUGCUUUCCUCCAGUGGGUGGGCCGUACCUUAAUGGGGAGGGCACCUGCUUUGCCUGCAGGUUUCACCCCUGGCACCUCCAGUUUAAAAAGGGUCCACCAACAGGCAGGGGUCUCUCCCUCCCCACCCACCUGGACACUUAGCCCAGCCACUUCCUACAUUUCCCUGCUCUGACCGCCUUUCCCCCUUCUCUCUCUCCACUCUUUCUAACAGAAGCAGCGCUUUGCAGCCCUGGCCAAGUUCAAAUCCAGCGUCUUUAAGAUUCUCAUCGCUACAGAUGUGGCCGCCAGGUGGGUACUGCCUAUCAUUCUUAACCACCCGCUUCCAUCUAUAUUUAAUAUCCUAAUUAUUUUUCGCUGCUGCUCACAGCUCAAGUCCUACUUGUAGGUUUAUCUGACUGCUUAACUUCUUCAAAUACUCUUCUUCAAAUACUCUGCAAAGGGUUCCACUCCUCCCUUAACAAUGAUUCCUCCUGAUCCCUAAUUUUUGUUGUCAUUCUCGCCAACUCCACAUAUUUUAUCAGUUUAUUUUGACAUUCCUCUUUGGUUGGUAUUUCUUGGUCUUUCCACCUUUGUGCAUAGAUUAUUCUUGCUGCUGUUGUCACAUACAAAGAAAGAUUAAGUACCUUCUUGGGAACAUCUGAGUUUGUUAUCCCUCUCUGGUGCUUUUAAAUGUAUAUAUUUCACCUUUUAAAUUUUUGGUGGGGACAGUGUUGGGUGGACGGUUCUUCCCAACUUCUAACCCUGCCCCUCUCUUCUUUGUCUCUCUCAAUUCAGGGGCCUUGACAUCCCCACAGUCCAAGUGGUCAUCAACCACAACACGCCGGGGCUCCCCAAAAUCUACAUCCACCGGGUAGGCCGAACUGCCCGGGCAGGUAAGGAUGGCUGCUACAACCUGCUGAUUAGCCACCAUUAUCAGAGUAGGAACUGGCUCCCGCAUGGAUGGAACAUGCGGCACUUUCUUUUGCAUUGGGGGUCCCUGGUGGGGAGGAGAAUUGUCCUGUGUGCAUGAACCCCCUUCUUCUCUCCACCCUUCCCCAGGCCGAAACGGCAUCGCCAUCACGCUGGUGACGCAGUAUGACAUCCACCUGGUCCACGCCAUUGAGGAGCAGAUCAGUGAGUUGAGAAGGAGAGCUUGGGAGCGACAGCCCAUCGCACAGGAACUGCCAAGUUACCGGUUUGGCGGCUCCUCCAGCCACCUGGGAAAGAGGGCGAUGCAAAUGGCUGGGAAGGGGUUAGACGUGGCAGCACAACCUCCCUCCAACCUGGUGCCCUCCAGGCGGGAACAGCUCCCAUCAGCACCCACCCAGCACAGAGUUGUAAUCCGAAAAGUCCGCAGGGCACCGUGUUGGGGAAGGCUGCAGUCAAGCCCUAGUCAGCUUUACUGACAUUUAUCAGCCUCCCAUCCCACUGGCAGACCACUCGUUUCGCAGUUGCUUCCUCUGACCUGGUUCUUCACACCAUUCCUGGUUGCCACUGCUGACCCUCUGUUUGCAUGUACAGUGGUACCUCGGUUUAAGAACAGUCCUUUUUAGGAAUGAUUCGCAAACCAGAAGAGGUGUCCCGGUUUGUGAACUUUACCUCGGUCUAAGAAGGGAAUCCAAACAGUGGAAGGGCACCGGCUGCGGGAGGCCUCAUUAGGGAAAGUGUGCCUCGGUUUAAGAACGGUUUCGGUUUAAGAACAGACUUCCGGAAUGGAUUAAGUUUGUAAACCGAGGUACCACUGAAGUUCAUUUGUGUUUUAAACUUGUAAGCUUCUUAGAAACCUGCUCUGACCUUAAGCAACAUACACAUGUUCAGUAACAAUAAAACCAGCCAAUAACAGCAGCCAGAUAGAAAGCCAAAAAGGCUGAGGAGGUUCAGUGGAGGUGCAAAGAAAUGUCUCAAAUCCUUGCCCAAGAUGCAGCCUCAUCCCCCUUGUGGUACCAGUUCAAUUCUGAAAGUGCUGUGUGAGCAGAGGCAGGGGCCCCAUUGGCGCCCCCAUUGGCACGCACCUAAAAAUAAUAAUUUUAUUAUUUAUACUGCACCCAUCUGCCUGGGUUGCCCCAGCCACUCUGGGUGGAUUUGAACAAAUAUAAAAACAUAAUAUAACAUCAGACAUUAAAAACUUCUUCUAAACGUCAGAUACAGUCAUACCUCGGGUUACAGACGCUUCAGGUUGUGCAUUUUCGGGUUGCGUACCGCACCAAACCCGGAAGUACUGGAAUGGGUUACUUCCUGAUUUCGGCGCUCACGCAUGCGCAGAGACACUAAAUCGUGUUUUGCGCAUGCGCAGAAGUGCUGAAUCUCUACCCGCUCAUGCGCAGAUGCGGCGCUGCGGUUUGCGAAUGUGCCUCCUGCGUGGAUCACGUUCGCCACCCAAGCAUCCACUGCAGCUCUUUAUUGCCUUGACAUCUGAUGGGAGGGCAUUCCACAGGGCGGGCGUCACCACUGAGAAGGCCCUCUGCCUGGUUCCCUGUAACCUCACUUCUCUCAGGGAGGGAACUGCCAGAAGGCCCUCGGAGCUGGACCCUGGCUGGACGAUGGGGGUGGAGACGCUUCUUCAGGUAUAUGGGGCCAUUUAGGGCUUUCAAGGUCAGCACCAGCACUUUGAAUAGGGCUCAUAAAUGUGCUGGGAACCAGUGUAGAUCCUUUAGGAACACCCCCAUGCCUUUCUGCCUUGCAGAGAUGAAGCUUCAGGAGUUCUCCGUGGAGGAACACACCGUACUGAACAUCCUUACCCAAGUGAACGUUGUGCGACGGGAAUGCGAGAUUGUGAGUGAGGGCUUUGGGGUGGGCCGGGUCGUAGAUCUGCAGUCUGGGAAUACCAGUGAACUUUGUGGGGAAGCACAGAUUUGAACUCGGAUCUCCCCACUCCAAGAUUGAUGUUUUAGCCUCCUCCCGUUUCCCUGCCUCCCCAGGUAAAGCAGAACGGAAGCCUGGGGAUACAGAUAUGCUUUGAAAACAGUGGUUCCAUGAACUCAUCCCCAGCGCCCCCUGCCCUUUAAAAAAGCAUUAUUCAGAAUAGCGGUUUGCAUGACCCGCUAAGCAAGAUAACAACACAAUGAAAUUCAAAACACUCGAAAUUAAUUUCAUGUUUGUUCAAAAUCUGAUUAAAACCUUUUUAGUUUAAUUAAUUCAGCAAAACUGAUGGAAUCAUUGGUCCAGCAAUAUCAGCUUUUCUAAUCCCAGUAGUCCUUUACAGCACCAGCCCCUCUGUAGGUAAUCCCUCCCCCCCCCCAACAGUACUGCCCGCUCUGGGAAACACUGCUUUAAAACAACCUUUAUGUUUAUUUUCUUCCUAGAGAUUGGAGGCGACCGAUUUUGAUGAGAAGAAGGAAAUAAACAAACGGAAACAGAUGAUCCUAGAAGGAAAGGUACGAUCAUUUUGGGGCAGGGGAUGGCCCUGUGUGUCCCUCCCUCCUCUGCAGCAAUUCCCCCUCUCGCCACAUCUGUUUGCCUUAGGGGGUCUUUAAGAGCGCCAUAUCUGCAGCAACUAGUUGCAGCUCCCUUCCAGGCACAAAGGGUCUCUUGGCAGCGCAGCUCACAACCCCCACCCCCUGCCCCCGCCUCUCCACUCCCUGCUCUCAGCAGCAGCAAGCAGCCUUGGCUCGGCCAGAUUUCAACAUCGCAGUGUAUCACCAGAUCGUGAUGUUUGGCUGGUGAUUCAUCGCGAUGUUGAAAAGCUGACAUCACCCAGCCCCUAGUCCUGGAGCAAACCCUUCUCCACGCCCCUCCUCAGUAAGCGGCAGGUGCAGAACGGCCUCCAGCAGGUGCCCAUCCAGAACAGCCCUGGUCAGAUGUCAAAAGAAAGCCUGUGGGCAGUGGGAGACUGAUAAAGUCAGGGUGCUCUGCCCACCUCUGGCCAAGAGGGUCUGCUUCUCAGUCUCCUUGCCUUCUCUCCUCCUCGCUCACCAGGACCCAGACCUGGAGGCGCAGCGGAAAGCGGAGCUGGCAAAGAUCAGGAAGAAGAAUGUUGAGUUUCGGAGCAGAGUCCAGCAGGUCCUGGAAGACAAGAAGCAGGUUGUCCUCCAUCGGAAGCUACGGAAGAAGCGGCAGCGGCGGCAGCAACAACGGAAGCAGCCGGCGGCAGAGAAGUGAGACUGCCUCUCCCCAACCCCUCACCACCUGGGGUUCUUGUGCCUUCCGUCUGGUGUGGGGAAGAAGUGGCGCGGUCCCACCUCUUCGCCCACCAGGGCUGGCCCCAGGCUGAGAAGGGCACCCCAGAGCCAAGAUGGGCUCCAUCAAAAGUUAUUUCUUGGGGCAGAAGGUGGGGGGACUGCGGACAGGACAGGAGGAUUCUGGGAAUCCAGUUUUAUUGAAAUUCUCCAUGAGAAUAAAAAGAACGGACUAAUCUACAAGGUCUAACAACAAGAGAGAAAUUAGAAGAAAAGAAAGGAGAUAGGAAACUACAAAGCCCUCUCUCGCUGCUGUAUCUUAACUUUUAUCCCAUACAGAGAAAGGUGAGCCUUCCCAACUCUCACCUGGGAGUAUCCCUCUCUCUCCAAGCCUCUCACCCUGGGAGAUCGCUGGGAAUCCAGUUUCCCAGGAAAUCUGAAUACGGAACUGGGCACCUUAUCUUCAUCAGUUUACCGUGGUUACUCUCGUGCCUGUACAGGAGUAUCUCUCGUUCCACACAGCUGGGACUUUUGUUCCAGUUGCUUUUGACCCUUCAAACUGGUCCCUUCAUUACAGGAUCACCUUCAAACGAAUUCCUUAGUUACAAGACCACCUUCAUUGUCUCUGCGGUGUUUCUACUCUCUUCUUGUACCCACGCUCUGCUGACAGAUUCCGAAAACAGUUGCACCACCCAGCUUUUCCUGGGUCCUUUGUGGUUUGGAUCCUGAGGACUGACUGCAGCGAUGGAAGGUCUCUCAGCCCCAGAAAUCCAGCUGAUGGGAAAACAGGGUGCCUCCUAUAAAUUAUAAGCCACGGGGAGGAGGAAAUAUCAGCGUUUCUGUCUAGAUCUUAUUUGGGGUGGCUGCACCUCCACUUGGGAGUUGGGUUGUUAAGAUCUUCAUGAAGAGAAGCUGAAACCUGCCACCAGUGUGUUCAAUUGCAAACUCUCGACACAUUCUCAGGGUUCUCGUCCCAUGACGAAAAAGUCGGGAACAGAAGAGACAGGCCAAAAUGAAAAUUUGUGAGAUAACUACUGUCCUCCUGCUGCAGAGUCUUUGCCCUGCGUGGCUGGAGGGCGGCAGGUUGGAAAGGCUGCUCUCUAACCCCAACAACUAAGACCAGUAACCCCCAAACUCUCUGUCAAUAAAUACAAAUUCUGGCGAGUCCAACCUACCCAAAGUGCCUCUCUGCAUGAGUCUGUGCUCUUUUUUGGGUAGUGAGCAGAUAGUUCUUUGUCUUACACGUAUUUCUUUUCAUGAAGGGAAAGGCUGAAGGAAAUCAGGGUACAGUUGAAACAUGCCUUCAGUUUUAAUUGGGGAGGGGGAGCCCAGUGGGGGGGGCAGACAUGCAGAUCAUUUAAUAAAAGUGACUUUUUAGAACUGU